AUGGCUUCAAGCAAUGAUAUCCUUGAAGAGGAGCCGCCGAUGCGCACCAUCGACUUCUCCGACAAGCCGGCGGUGAUGCAAGUCUCGGCGGCGCUACGUCGUUUAUGGCUCAUCGACCCGGACAGUCUGGAAGUCGGCGACCACCAGGACAAAUCCCAACUCCAGUCUGCUUUCCGCAACGUUAUGCACAACGUUGGUAACUGGAUCGCGGAGACGCCGCCAAGCGAGCGCUGGAAUGACGAGGUGUGGAAAGCGCGGACGGAAUACAAGCUACUCGAUCCCCCGGAGGGCUCGCAGGCCGAAAUCGACAGCAGCGAGGGCGACCAAGGGCCCCUUUUUAGCCCCUUCAGGCGGGCCAUCUACGGCGUGUACGAUCACGUCUUCUGGGACGUGUACAACUCCCUGAAGGAAGAGACAGAUGUCGGCAUCGGCGAGUUCGAGCCGCCUGCUACCGUGGUCAUGGUUCUAACCUUCGCGGAGGACGGCUCUUCUGAGGUCCCCCACUUCUUUCCUACAGAUACCUUUGUGUACCCGGUGUGGAUUGCGCCCGGCACAACACUCACCUUUUCGGUUGAUGGGAAAGAGGAGACUCUGACCCCUGAAGGUCAGACCUGGCGAUAUUCACUCUGGUUUCGGGCGGGGAAGAUAGCUACCGCUACGCCAAAGAGCGAAACGGAAGAAAGACGCGGCAAGGUCGCGGCCGUUAUGGUGAUGGGCCAAUGCGCGCCGCGGCUUCUGCCAACUAUUCCGCUCGAAGACCACACCAUUGGAGCCCACCGCCGGAAUUUGACGGAUGCGCAACCGUGGGCGAAGGACGGGAAGGGGGAGAUCGAUCCGGGCCGCCCCCAGACGUGGCCAGAGGCGGACCAUCUAGCCAGAGCCAUAUUUCUCAAGGCAGGCGAUGCUGUUGACCGAUGUGUGUUCGAUGAAGAGUUUGCCGACAGCGAUAAGGGAGAGGAGCAGUCGGAUGGUCAACUCACAGACGUGACCACUCCGAAUGAGCAGCCGCCCGAUGCUCCUCUGUACUCACCACUCCCCGCCGGUUAUAACAUCAGAAUUUUGGUCCUCGAACCGGCCCCGGCCGCGGAAGACGAGCUUCAGACCCGACUGGAGGUGGUUUCACUCGACGACAAACCGAGGUUCGAGGCCAUCUCCUACACCUGGGGCCACCCGUCGGACAUGACAAUGCUGAACUGCAACGGCUCGACUGUCAAAAUGCCGCGGAACCUCGAGAGUGCCCUCCGGAGACUGCGCUACACGGACCGACCUCGCCAUGUGUGGGCCGAUUCCGUGUGCAUCAACCAGCAGGAUAUCCCCGAGCGUGGCCAGCAAGUAUCCAUCAUGCGCAACAUCUACCUCAGUUCCGAGCGUGUGCUCGUUUGGCUUGGGCUAGACGAGCAUGAUGAAGCAGCAACCGCGUUCGCUGCCGUCUGCGACAUUGUUCGGGCGUGGCGCCCCGAGGGGGAUAGAGUGGGAUUUGAGGGUUAUUCCAGCCUUUUGGAGCCCAUGGAGGACGAUGACCUCGCUUCCAUCCGGACGGCCGUGGAUGAGAAGGCAUGGGCGGCCCUCCGUACCUUGUUCGAGUUGAACUACUUCCGGCGGUUCUGGAUCAUCCAAGAACUGGCCCUCGGUAGUUCGGCCGUCGUUUUCUGGGGGCAGCACCGCAUAUCCUGGGGUCUGAUCGGAAUUUGCGCGGCGUGGAUGAUGAGUAGCGGGUGGUACUUCAGCCGCGGAGAGCCCAUCACGGCCGCCUACAACACCUUUCUCAUCUACGUGCUGCCGCUCGCCAAGCGCAGCGGGAUCUCUCCCUUCUCCAAGCUCGACCUGUCAGUCGUCCUGGGCACCACCAUGGGCCGCUUUGACUCGACCGACGCGCGGGACCGCAUCUACGCGCUCUUGGGCAUGCCGUUCGCGGGCAACGACCCCGAAGCCGAGCUGCUCCUCAAGCCCGACUAUAGCCAAGACCUCCGGUCGGUGUACAUCCAAGGCGCGCAACGCAUCCUCGAGCAGGACAAGCACCUGCGGAUCCUCAGCGCCGUGCAGCACGGCGCGGAGCUCGACCUAACCUACCCCUCAUGGGUGCCCAAGUGGCACGAACCGCUCCCAGCCGAGCCGCUCGGCCUGCGCGACGAGCAAGGGUACUACGCCAACGGCGGCGAGCUGUUCUGCCCGACCGCAGCCACCUUUUCCUCCCCCUCCAGCAACGACGACAACACCAACACCACCACCACCAACACCCACCAUUCACUAACCCUCCCCGGCCUAGUCUGCAGCACCAUCACCUCGACCAGCGCCCCCCUCGAAAGAGGCAACCUCCACCUCGGCGCCCUCCCCCCCGGCCCGCACCGCACCGCCCUCUCAACCCUCUUCGCAUCCCUCAACUCAGAACAGGCCCAGGUCCGCGCCUCCUGGAGCGCGACCCUCGAGAAAUUCACCCUCUUCGGCUUCGCCGACCCGGCCGUCCAAGCGGCCCACCACAGCAGCAACUCCAACGCGCGCGCCGUCGCCGUCACGGGCCAGCCCGGAAAGUACGGCAUGCGCGCGGCGGCGGAGUCGCUCGACGGCGAGCGCGCGCAGACGGAUCACCUAGGUGAGUUUCUGCUGUACUGGCGCGAGCGGGCCGGGUGGCGGGGUGGGGAGCGGGUGUUUGUGAUGGAGGAUGGGCGGGAGGGGUUGGGCCCGGCGGCGGCGAGGGAGGGGGAUGUGGUGGUUGUUUUGUUUGGGGGGGUGGUGCCGUUUGUGUUGAGGCCGUGUGAAGGGGAGGAGGGUGGGGGGAGGUUUUGGAGGCUGGUGGGGGAGUGUUUUGUGCCGGGGCUGAUGCAGGGUGAGGCGGUUGAGCGGGCUGGGCUGCUUGCGGAGGGGACGUUUGAUCGGGAUGAGGGCGGUGCGUUGAGGCUUACGCCGACGCCGCAGGAUGAGGAAGACCCGCGGUUGACGAGGAAGGUGGGGGAGCACGGUAUUGUUGCGUUUGAGAUUCGUUGA